GAGCAGUUUGAGCCCACAGUUCUGCUAUUUAACCACAAAAACCCUGGUCCUGCCUCCCACUGGAACCUCUCUGUCUCUCUCAGCUGCAGCUCUUAGAACCGUCGUAAAAGCUCAUUCACAAUGGCGUUAGUGGCUGAAUAUCUGAAGCAGCUGACGUUGACUCAUACCGGGGGGAAAGAGCCGACAUUCCCCACUGUGCGUCCGAUCAGAGACUUUGACCCAUCCAGAGAUGCCGCCAGGAUCGACACCGCCAUCAAAACAAAGGGUGUGGAUGAACAAACCAUCAUUGACAUCCUGACUAGGAGAAGUUGCGACCAGAGGACAUAUAUUGCAUUUGAGUAUGAAAAGAUUGCCAAAAAGGAUAUGACCACUGCCCUGAAGGGGGCGCUGUCGGGGUCUGUGGAGGCCGUGAUGCUGGGUCUGAUGAAGACUCCCGCCCAAUACGACGCGUCAGAACUCAAAGGUUCCAUGAAGGGUCUUGGAACAGAUGAGGAGACCCUCAUUGAGAUUGUAUGCUCCAGAAGCACUCAGGAACUGGCAGAGAUCAAAAAGGUUUAUAGAGAAAUGUUCAAGAAGGAGCUGGAGAAGGAUGUAGCUGGAGACACCUCAGGGGACUUUGCCAAACUCCUGAUGGCCCUCGUGCAGAUCAAGAGAGACGAACCCUCCAACGUUGUGGACUAUGAGCAAAUUGACCAUGAUGCACGGGCUUUGUAUGAGGCAGGUGUGAAGAGGAAGGGGACAGAUGUGGUCACCUGGAUCGCCAUCAUGUCUGAGCGGAGCGUCCCUCACCUGCAGAAAGUGUUCGACAGGUACACGAGCUACAGCCCAUACGACAUUAAGGAGAGCAUCAGGAAGGAGGUGAAGGGAGAUCUGGAGAAGUCCUUCCUCACAUUGGUGGAGUGUUUUGAAAACAGGCAGCUGUACUUUGCCAGCAGACUCAGUGAAGCCAUGAAGGGUAAGGGAGCCAAGGACAAGGUGGUGACUAGAAUCAUUGUGUCUCGCUGUGAAGUUGACCUCAUGAAGAUCCGCUCAGAGUUCAAAAAGCAGAAUGGAAUAUCUCUCUACCACACCGUCUCUGAUCACACAAAGGGAGACUACCAGAAGGCUCUGCUGAGUCUGAUUGGAGGGGACGACUGAAGAUGUAUUUUAUACUAUAUUUACAGCAUUUUGUGGAUUUCAUUGAAGCAUGGAGGGGAAUGUUCAAGUGCCGGCCAAUGAGAAUUGUUAGGCCUAUAUUUCUUUCUUUCUAAGAAACAUUACUGGUUUUGUUGUGUUUCUGUGAAAAUACAUAAUUAUUUUUUAUAUAUCACAAAAUUUCGACACUAAUUGUCAUAUGUUGCAACAUUUGCAACAAUGGUUUGUUACGACAAUCCUCACCAGAAUGUUUUUUUCCGGCAAGUAAAGUCAAAGUUUUAAAGUCGGCGUCAUGUCCUUGUGUGCUGAUACAUAAGUCUGCCUCUAGAGGGCGGUAGAACAACAGAAAGUUUGAGUCCUUCAGCUGGUCCUUGCUUGUAGAGUUAUCUUGCCUAGUAUGGUUCACUUAUCUAAAAAAUAAUGCUAACACACAUUUCAGUAAAAUACGUUAUUGGAUCAGUAAUAAGGAAAUUAUUUAAUAAAUAGUAGUUUUUGAUGGAAAAUUUGAUUUAUGUCUAGUGAUUGAAACUGAGUGAAAGAGAUUGCUUAAGCACUCAAUAACAAUAUAAUUAUGAACAAUACCCCACUUAUAACAAUAUAUUUGUCAACUCUAGAUAGGCAUAAUUAAUAUUCAAUAGUGGAUUCUGAUGAGCGUCAAAUCAGUCAAGUCACUUUUAUACCGUGUAUAAGCUUAUUUAGAUUGUUUUAAUUGUCCGUGUGUUUUGCAUUGUUUGUUUUCCAUUAACUUUUUUUCAUUAAUUUAACCUCUGGCAACAUAUUUGCAUAUUUGCAUACCACAGAAGCAAAACUGUUUCAAUGUGUUGCUGUUGUUUAGUUUGUAGGUCUCCCGGGAUAAGGAGUGCAAGGGAGGGGGGAGAGAGAAAAAGAGAGAGAGAGAAAGACUUAGCAAGUGUUGGAAGAAGAAAAGUUUUCACUAUACCACUUGGCGAAAAAACAGGAGAUAUGACAAAACUAAAACCAGUAGAUACAACUAAAACCAGGAAAUAAAUUUAACCUGAAACCAGGAGAUUCAACUCAACUAAAACCAGGGGAUGAAAGUACACUAACACCAGGAGAUAAAACGAAAUUUAAACCAGGAGAUAAAGCUAAACUAAAACUAGGAGAUACGAAUAUACGACUAUACUAAAACCAGGAGAUAAAACUAAACCUAAACCAGAAGAUAUGACUAUUCAAAACCAGGAGGUAAAACUAAACUAAUACCAGGAGAUACAGGAGCAGCAGAAGGAGAUUGAAGAGGAUGAAAUGAGAAGCACACGGAAAGAGUUAGAAAAGUUAGGGAGAGAACUAUGAGGGAGAGAACUAUCUCCACCUGAGGGAGGUGACUAUAGACUUAAAGAAAGCCUCGCAAAUAUGCAAAACGCAAGAAAGAAUCAGAAAAGCAUAUUGCAAAAGAUAUUGUGGAGCAAACGUUUC